AUGGGCCUAAGCUGUACCGAUUCAGAGUGUUCUUUCUUAGUAAUUCUUAUAAGUUUUUGCUAUAUAAGAUAUAAGUAUAUGAAAGUAGUUUUGUGUUUAGGAUUAGUAGUUAAAUCUGAUAAAACUUACAAGAUGUAUAUUUGCAUAUGGAUAAAUAAAGGAUAUGAUAAUUCAUUUCUAAGGACAAAUAAAGAAACUAGAGGAGAUAAAUAUAAAAUAGAUUGUGAUAUAAUUUUAAAUACUGGUACUAACAUGGGAUCUAAAAAAUGUGAAGUUAGACAAAGAAGUAUCGGAAUUGAAUGUAUUUUUAUUAUAAUGCAAUCUAUUAUGACAAAAUUAACUUUGUUUAUGUCAAGAGAGUAG